AUGCCAUCACAUGCUACUUUAAUUGCUAUCGUGGUUACCAAAGAAGAUUCUAAUUCACUCACUCAAGGCUUCGCUAAAUAUCAAGCUGAUAAGGAUGAUUUUAAAAUCGUUCGUUGGAAAUACUUUUAUCCCUUUGAAAAAGCCUAUACUGAUUUUUCUGUAGGCGACAUCGUAAUGUUUGCAGGAAAGUUUGUUGUUGAAAAUUUAGAGCAGUAUGUUAUUGCUUCUAGUGUUAGCGUCAUCACGGUUAGUGGUCCAAAUCAAGAAUUUGGUGCUGACGAAAUUCUACUUAGCGCACCGCAUUGUAUAUUUCUCAUAUUGGUCAAGCGUGAUUCCCAGUCAAUCAGAGAUUCUACUUAUUUUGAUGCUGAUUGCUUUCAAUAUAAUUCGUUCACUAAUUCUAAGCGUGUUCAUAUGAAGUUAAGAAUUCUUUAUCCUACGAAUGCGCCUCGAUUUACUUACAUACAUGCUAAUAAUAGCAUCAAGUCAGGUCGAACGUUUCUCGUAUCAGGUUUUGUUAGACGUAUAAGUCCUGAAGUAAUCGCAAUGGAAGCUACAGAUAUCGAUUUCAUGUAUGCGUCUAAUGCCGUUGUAAAUCAUAAUGUGCAAGAAAUUUCUUCGACAACUACUUCUAGUCAUCGUUCAGUUUUUGAUGAGAUCAUUGAUGAAAUUGAAUCCACUAUUUCACAAGCGCCAAAAAAAAGCGUUGUAUUGGCUAAGGUUUCUCGUAACACGGCCUCUACUCCAAAUUUUAACAAACCCAUUAUGUCAUCUUCAAGUUUAUCUUCUGCUAGUACUGAAACAACUCAACUUCGAAAAGGCAAAAAGAGAUUGGCUAAUUUGGCGUUAGAUUGUCUCGGAUUGGACGUU